CAAGGUCCACAAAAUGAGGAGACAAUAUCGAGUCCUCUAAACUACCCUUCUCUCUAUAUAUAUAUCAAAAUUACCCUGUGUUGGCCUUCUCUCUCGCAUAUUCUCUCAUCUCUAUCCCUCUCUCUAAAGACGUCCCCAACUUUUAUUUGACUAGUCUGUAGAUAUAUAAUAGCCACAUAGCCAGCCAAAUCAUAAGCAGCUGCUCAUCUCGUUCGUCGAUGUUCGUCAGCCAGGCAUCGCCUUUGUUGUUUCGGGUAGAGAGAUGACAUCCUCGUCGUCGACGAAUACAUCAGACGGCGCCAAGCCGUCAUCUUGCCGGAGAGGCCACUGGCGGCCUGGGGAGGACGAGAAGUUGAAGCAGCUCGUGAACAAGUAUGGGGCCCAGAAGUGGAAAUCCAUUGCCGAAAAACUGGAGGGAAGAUCAGGUCGAUCAGAUCGGCAAGAGCUGCCGGCUCAGGUGGUUCAACCAGCUGGACCCUCGGAUCAACAAACGGCCCUUCACAGAACAGGAGGAAGAGCGGCUGCUCAACGCCCACCACGCCCACGGCAACAAGUGGGCGCUCAUCGCCCGCCACUUACCCGGCCGCACGGACAACGCCGUCAAGAACCACUGGCAUGUCGUCAUGGCGCGUCGCUGCCGCGAGCGCUCCAGGCACCAUGCCAGGGCCGCGAGCUCCAGCUCCCCUCUCUCCAUCAACUUGUCUCCAAGAGAAACGCUAGACGUGGAUAUCGGCGACCGUGUCCGUCAUAAACAUCGCCGAAAGGAUUAUCACGCCGGUGACAGCGCCGACAAGCCAUUGAAGAAGGACGUGCCCUUCAUUGAUUUCCUCGGCGUCGGCAUGUCCUCGUAAUUAUUCAUAGUAUUGCAUUAAUUCUUGAAAUACCAAUCGAUGUAGAUCAACAAGUGUAUCGAUCGGCGUUUGUUGGUUAUUAGGGCAUUAGUAGACUGCAUGCAGGAGUAGUCGUCUAGAGGUAUCAGAUAUGCAUGCAGGGUUAGAGAGUUCAUCUUCGUUGAUGGUUAGGGCGUUCUGAUGUGCUGAUUCAUCAAUCAAUCAAAUAAGGCUCCAGACACUUUAUUUU